UGGACUGGGAGGCUGAGAGCAGGGGCCGGGGCCGGAUCGGGAGCGGGAGCGGGUGAGGCCCGCCGGGAGGCGGGGACGGGACUAAGUCGGAGGGGAGCGGGAGGAAAAAGUGGGGUAGAGGGGAACGGAUAGAUUCAGGAGGCACGCUGGAAGAGGGGUGCCCAGAAUUGCCCUCAACCUAGUCAGUGACCGUCUUCAAGGUACGAGACGUCUGCAAUGCCUGGAGUGACCCGGCCGGAGAGAGCGGAGACAAAGAGGCCGAACCCUGAGCUCCUCCUCCUCUCCCGAAGCUAGAUCGCUCUCGCUCCCCGAAACUCCGGGACACUCCUGGUGUCCUCCCCAGAAUCCUGCCCUCCCUGGAAGCGCUUCAUCCGGCCGAAGUUCCCCUCUCUGCCCUGUCACCCCCAGCUCGGGGUGACCCCCGAGAACCCCCUCGCCCCGGCGAAGGACAGGAGCUGCAACCCUUGUCCCCCAGGGCUGAAUCACCCCCUUGAAGUAUCCUCACCGAGUCUGUAUGCCGAGUUUAAAGAAAUGAGAAAACAAAGACAAAAUCUUUAUUUAUUGAUAGUUGCCUGAGGUGGUGAAAGUGGAGCUGGGAGUGGGGCGGGGCAGGCGCAGAGGGCUCUGAAAAGAGUUCGGAAUUGGGGCGGGUCGGUAGUGGGGACGGACCGUGGGGGACCAGCAGCGCGGAACUUGGACCGACCCUUUUGCCGUCCCCAGUGGAAACGUCCCUUCUCUUGUCCCUCUGGCUGCUAGGCAUUUCUUGUGAUUCAGACCCACCAUAUAUUACUGAGGGGGCAGUCACUAGGACUCGGGGGAGGGAGCAUAGCUGGAGACACAACGCAGUUUAUUUACUCUAUCUCAGACUAUCCUACAAGCCAGACCGGAAAUGCAGCUUUUAAGCAACGUUCACUGGCUCCUAAUCCUGGGAUUUUGCUCUCAGGAGAGUGCUCCCUAAUUUGGCUAGUUUCUUCAGAGCAUGUAGGUAGGCUAGCCCUAUGAGGAUUUUGGAUGAAUGUUUGCAUCCUUUUGACGCUGUCAUUCCUCUCUGCCCUAGGGAGAAACUCCUCUCGCAGGUACCCAGGUGCAGUGAUUUCCCCAGGGAUAGAGAGGAGGCAGGUAGAAGCCCUGGCUCCCAGAUCUCCAAUUGAUGUCAAGCUGCCUCCUGUGAAUGAUGGCCAAAUCCACUCUGAGAGGGGAUGGGAGGAACUCUGAGACCUUUCGACAGCGUUUCAGGAAAUUCCAUUAUCAGGAGGUGGCUGGGCCCCGUGAAGCUUUCAGCCAACUCUGGGAACUUUGCUGUAGAUGGUUAAGACCAGAGGUUCGAACCAAGGAGCAAAUUCUAGAAAUCUUGGUAUUGGAGCAAUUCCUGACUGUACUACCUGGGGAGAUUCAGACCUGGGUACAAGAGCAUUGUCCAGAGAGUGGAGAGGAAGCUGUGACCCUGGUAGAAGAUUUGGAGAGAGAACCCAAAAGACCAGAGUGCCCGGUCACUGUCCCUGUGAAGGGACAGGAAAUUCAGCCAGAGAAGAUGGCACCUCUAAGAUCAUCCCUGGAGUUACUAAGUGUCCAGCAAAAAGCAGGAGAAUCCCAGCCCAAGGUUGUGGCCAAGAAACAAUGGGCAGGUUGUCCAGAAAUAGGAUCACAGGAACAACUUAACCUAAAGGAAAAGCUCCGAUCUCAUCAAAGGACUGGAUUUUCUUUUCCCAAAUCUGGUAUGGUUUCUGGGAUGGAGCGAGGAGAACCAUGGGUCCCAGAUCUUCUGGGCUCCAAGGAGAGGGAAAUCUCAAGAGGCAGUCACACAGGUGAUAAACGAAUGCACUCUGAUUUUAUGUCAUCAAGGAGGGAAAGAAAAAACUGGGGAGAUCAGGAGCAGUGGGGCUUUGAGGAUGAAAAGGUAGCAGGUGUACACUGGGGGUAUGAAGAAACCAGGACUCUACUUGCAAUUUUAAGUCAAACUGAGUUUUAUGAAGCCCUCCGGAACUGUCAUCGUAAUAGCCAAGUGUAUGGAGCUGUUGCUGAGCGAUUACGGGAAUAUGGCUUUCUCCGGACACUCGAACAAUGUCGAACUAAAUUUAAAGGCCUCCAGAAAAGUUAUCGUAAAGUCAAGAGUGGCCAUCCACCUGAGACCUGCCCCUUCUUUGAAGAGAUGGAAGCCUUGAUGAAUGCCCGAGUCAUUGCUUUACCCAGCAAUGGCAUGGAGGAAAAGGUGGCAGCACCUCGACCCAGCCUAGGGUCCAGUGAUACUGAAACAGAAGAACAAGAGCAGGGGGGCUGGCAGCAGGAAGCAGCAACAGAAGAGGCUGCAGCUGAAGAUUCUGAGGGGGAGGAAAUGGGUACUGAAGCAGGCCCCCAGGAGCCGGGGAGUCCCAGUGCUCCAGUUCUGUUCCGAAGCCCGAGUGGUGUACACUGGGGCUAUGAAGAGACCAAGACUUAUCUUGCAAUUCUCAGUGAGACUCAAUUUUAUGAAGCACUUAGAAACUGUCAUCGUAACAGCCAGUUAUAUGGGGCAGUAGCUGAGCGGUUAUGGGAAUAUGGUUUCCUGAGGACACCAGAACAAUGUCGGACUAAAUUUAAAAGCCUUCAAACCAGCUAUCGGAAAGUCAAGAGUGGCCAUGCCCCUGAGACCUGCCCUUUCUUUGAGGAGAUGGAUGCCUUGGUGAGCGCCCGAGUUGCUGUCCCACCUAGUGAUGGUCUGGAGGAGGAGGCGGCAGCACCUCCCCCUGCAUUGGGGGCCAGUGAUGGUGAAACAGAAGAGUUAGAUCAGGAGAGCUGGCAACAAGGAGAGACAGCUGAGGAGGCCUCAGCCACAGCAGAAGAUUCUGAGGAUGAGGAAGUGGGCGCUGAGGAGGCACCUGGAAGUUCUGGGAGCCCUGGUGCUCCAGUCCUGUUCCAAAGCCCAAGGGGUUUUGAGGCUGGAUUUGAGAACAAACAGAACACAAAACGGGAUAUUUCUGAGGAAGUAGAACUGCACAGGACAUUACUUGCAAGGUCUGAAAGGAAAAUUCCCCAUCGUUUUAAUCAGGGAAAAGAUGAUGACAGUGAUUGCAGGACAGGAAGGCAAUGGCCAAAGUCCCCAGUAGAGAAAAGAGGAAAAAUGAUAUCCCCAGAAAGGGGCUUAGGAAAAAUCCUAAGUCAUCAAAAACCUCACUUGGGAGAGAGACCCUAUAAAUAUCUUAGAUAUGGAAGAAGCUUUGGCCCUAAUUCACACCUUCUCAUGCAUCAGAUACCCCACCAGAUAGAAAAUCCAUAUACAUGUGGAGACUGUGGGAAAAGUUUUAGUCGAAGUGCACGCCUCAUUAGACAUCGGAGAAUACACACUGGUGAAAAACCUUAUAAGUGUCUUGACUGUGGGAAAAGUUUCCGUGACAGUUCCAACUUUAUUACUCAUAGGAGGAUUCACACAGGAGAGAAACCCUAUCAAUGUGGUGAAUGUGGAAAACGAUUCAAUCAGAGUUCAAGCCUUAUCAUACAUCAAAGAACCCACACUGGAGAAAAACCCUAUCAAUGUGAAGAGUGUGGGAAAAGCUUCAAUAAUAGCUCUCACUUUAGUGCACACAGGCGAAUCCACACAGGAGAAAGACCCCAUGUAUGUCCUGAUUGUGGGAAAAGCUUUAGUAAAAGCUCUGACUUACGGGCACAUCACAGAACCCAUACAGGAGAGAAACCCUAUGGGUGUCAUGAAUGUGGGAAAUGUUUCAGCAAAAGUUCAGCCCUUAAUAAACAUCGAGAAAUCCACACAAGAGAAAAGCUUUUAUCACAGUCAGAACCCAAGUAAAAACCUGAGAAUCUGCAAAGAGCCUUUAAAAGUAUAUUAUUUGGGAAACCUUUAAUAGAUUCCAUCUCCAAUGCCCACCUGGCUUAGGAAAUUACCUUUAGGAUUUAAUCCCACAGUGGUGCUCCUUAUCAUAUAAUCAUUUGAAUCUGAAGCCACAAAGCUGAGGCAAUAAGAUCUAAGGAACGAAGGUCAGAAGAUCUAAAUACCAUUCUAGCUCCAAUUUUGAUUUGACAAGAGUUCCUUGUCCCCUCUCAGUGCCUAUGUCAUUCCUUCAAUAAAAGGAGAGGAUCCUGUGAAUUUCACUUAUUCCUGUCACUGUUCAUCCUGUCAUUUUGCUGCAUCUCUGGAAACAUUUCAGCAGUAUCACAGGGGAAAAUGUUAUGGAUUUAUCUCAUGAUUCCAAGUUUUUCCUUUCAUAAAAAAAAAGGGAAAUACUGAAAGGAAUGGAAUGACUCUUCUUGUUCAUGUAAAUCUGUAUUCAGAAUGAUAUGAUUGAAUUUAGUCUUUUCCCUUCCCCCAACUUUACCCUUAAUGAGAUGAGUUUAGUAUUCCUCUUGGUCAUGUCUUACAAAUUGUCUUGUUAAGAAUCUAGGUGUUAUUAAUUAUGGGGAAGCUGUUACAAACCUUGUGUAAAUUUGAAGUGUUAGCCCUGGAUGGCUGUUAGUUUCCUUCAACCCUCAGAAUUCCUACAGUAUCUAUUUUCUUACUUCCCUUUUAUCCCACCUCAUCUAUAUUCCAACUGUUCCUUGUAGUCCAUCCCAAAGAGCAAGCCAACUAGGUAGACAGUGGUGGAUAGGAAGGGGCAUUAUAUGGGAUUUUCCAUUUUCCUGGUAUUCAAUUCAUCUAGUAUAUGCACCUACUGUAGGCAAUAAAUACAUCUUGAAUAAUGAGCAGGAGACAUUUCUAUAUUACUAUUUAUUAGGAACCGAGUCCACCAGUGCCAAAAGCUCUCAAGUCUGGUUAAAGAUAAAUUGUCUUUACCAGGUUGGUGGAGUUGCCAAUCUAUAUUUUAAAAAUAUAUAUACAUGGAAUAAGGAACACUUAUUAGCUGCUGCUUAUCAAAUAGUAAUAACUGCUCAAGAGUGCAUAAUACUGUAGUGGACCAUGUAUAAAAAUGAGGUGGAGUUGGGCCUUUUCCUCUGGGAAUCUACAGUCUAAAAGGUAGGCAACUUUGGACAUAUACUGAUCAGAUAAUUAUAUCUGAUCAGCAUAAAUAUAUAGUGUGUGUAUUUACAAGUUUGGCGUAUUGCAAUGUAGCACAAGGAAAGAUACUGGGAAAUGCCUGUUCCAUUUAGGGAGUUAACAGAUAAUCUUUUGAAGGGAAUAGAAGAGAAAAAAUUUUCAAAAGUAUCAACAGCCCAUUUAAAAGAGUUUUAUGAGUAGAAAAGGUCUAAAAACUGGAAAGCAGGGUGUUUGGUAUGGAAAAAGCAAAGGAAAUUAGUUGGGUUUUAGGGAGGUAAGGAAUGAUUCAGUUAUUAGGGUGCUUAAAACCACAAUAUAGUGAAUUUGACACCAUUUGAAGGGCUUUAAAACUGGUAGAAGAAAUGACUAACUGAAACUUGGUGUAUGCCAGAUGCAGAGAAACCAGAGGUGCAAUAAUCAAUUAACUGAAAUAUUACUAGGUUUGGAGGAUAGCUUCCAAUGUAGAAUAAAAAUACUAUUUACUAUUUGGGAAGUCAAGAAAUCGGGAGUUGAUUGUAAGAUAUCUUAGUGGGUGGGAGAAGACACUUGACCUAUGUUAGUUGAGAAGAAAGGUAUAAGGAGCUGAGAGUGAUGGACAGUGUUUACUGGAAAGAUAAGCCACUCUGUCUUCCUCACAUUUGGUACCGAGAUAUACAUUCAGUUAACUGCCCUGUAGUUGGAAUCAGAAAAUUGGCUAGCAGGUGAGGUAGGUAAACUAUUGCAGAGAGUUGGUAGAUGAUAUUAUAGGAUUUAGGUGGUUUUGAUUGAGGAGGAAUACUGGGAUUCCAGAACAUAUUUUUAUUAGAAAUCAGUGUCACCCUUCCCCCAGAUAUCGAAUAAGCAGUAAAAAGUGUAUGAAAACCAGUCUAAAAUUGCCUUAAAGCCAAGCUCUGUAAUGAUGUAGUCUGUGUGAUUAAUAGUAAAAUACUGUCUGUUUAGCAUAUUCAUGUAUGGUUUAGUGAAAAGAUCAUGGGAAUGGGGACAAGACAUGAGUUCUAGUUUAUUGUCAUGUAUAAAUCAUACUGCCUUGUUUUCCCUAUCUGUAAAACAGAAUCAUGUUUACACCUUAAGCUGCCUCUCAGGGAUUCCAUGUGAAUAAAUGAGAUGAUGUCUCUAAAACGUUUGGAGUUUUUCAAAAAGGAAGUGCUAGAGAAACAUUUGAUCAAAUUGUCAUUUUAUGAGAACACUUUAACAACUUGCUUGUGUGGCUCCUUGGAGUCACUAGUUUACUCCAACUAUUAAAUUUUUAUGUCCUUGGAAGAAAUGUGGCAAUGUUUGUCGAGUGGAUUAUCCCAAAUUAAGAAAAGUCAUUAUUAUGAGCCUGCUAAGUUUGUUAUCUUUGUAUUUAUUAUCCGGGCACCUAGAAUAACUAUGGGAGCCAGAUAUAUCUCAAAAUUAAAAAGUAGUAAUGCUACCU